UAUCAGUUGUUUCCCAAGCCAACCGAAUACAACAUGAAGCUGUUCGUUAUCGCCGCUGUCUUGGCCGUUGCUGCCGCUGCCAGCUACAAGCCGGAGUACAAACCACCCACUUACUCCGCACCGGCCUACUCCAAACCAGCCUACUCUGCCCCGGCCUACUCUGCCCCAGCUUACCCCGCACCUGCCUACUCUGCCCCAGCAUACAAGGAUAACAAAUACGCCGACAUCACCAUCACCAGCCAAUCUGAUGAGCGCAACCUCGAUGGCAGCAGCCAAUGGAGCUACGCCCAGUCUGACUACACCACCCGCGAGGAAUCUCAGGUCCAAAAGAAGAUGCAAGGAGUCAAAUACGAUUCUUACGGCAAAGCCACCUACGAGGAUGUUAUGGGCAACACCAACAAGGGAUCUUCCUACUGGGUUUCCCCCGAAGGCGAGAAAUUCACUUUGACCUGGGUCGCCGAUGAUGCCGGAUUCCAGCCCAAGGGUGACCACUUGCCCGUUGCCCCCGUCCAUGUCUACGAGCUCCCAGUUGCUCCCGUCCACGAAUACGAACUCCCCGUUGCCCCCGUCCACAUUCCCUUCAACGGAAAGGGCUACAAGAUCUAUUAAAUUAUUGAUACAUGAAUGAAGAUAUAAAUUAUGUCCAAUGUAUCCUUUGUCUUCCCUCUUGACAUUGUAUGUGUUGGUGUAAAUAAAAUUGCAGAACGUCUAAAUUAA